UAUGUUACAGUAAAGAGAGGAGAGGGGAAAUGUGUGGCCUGUCCCUUUAAAAAGGGGCAGUCCUAACUGAAUUCCUGGCUUGGGCGGAAGCAGGAAGUUGUUUCUCCCCCUGCAUGUGGCUGCACUUCCAGCUGUCUGAGUGUCUAACCGCAAAAGCCUCUCAACAGGCAGGUAGUUAGACUUUCCAGGCACAGGCAAGAACACUGUUUCCUCCCUCUGACACUUCUACCCUCCCCUUACUCACUAAAUGUCUCUAUUCUCUCCCUUUCUCCUUAUCUAGAACUAGGGCAGGACACUACUUCCUCCACCCUGCCCCCGCACACACAGAGGUCAAAGUCCCAUCAGAGCAGACGGACUCUCCCUACCUGUCCUCACCGCCCUCUUUUCUCUCUCACUCAUUCCCCCUGUUUGCUCUCAUUCCUCUUCUCUCCGGCGGAUUAGGGGGAAAGCGAGGUGGUGGAGAAAGUGAUGACGACUGGCAUGCUGAACCCAAGUCACUACCCUGCCCGUCGGGCAGCCACGGUGGUCCAACACUACCUGAACACCCGCUACGGCUCACCCUACAGGUGGAUCUUUCUCAGCAAAGUACAUAGCGGCAGCGCAGAGGUAAGAGUGGAGAUAGAGGAUCAGCACACUUUGGGGAGUGUGUUGGGCGGGGGCAGUUAAUAUUACAAGGCAAGGAAGGAAAGAUCCUUGAAGGGGAUGGAUAUGGGAGGUCCGUGCGGAUAAAAAGUCAAUUCUCAAUAAUGCAUACAGUGGGGGCUUGUGAGGGGGCGACGGCUUUAUGGAACAUAGUUCUGUUUACUUACACUUGUCUUAAGUGGUUCAUUUCUGCUCUCUCUCCCUGACUGUCAGGAUGUGGCAGAGAUGGGGAGGAAGUAUCAACUGGAGCUUACCAUGCAGGAGAUGAUCAGUAACGUAAGAUCCGAUUCACAUUGUCAGUGACUCACUAUCGCACAGAACAGCUGUAUGAAUAAAUACAAGGUGUGUUCAGUAACCAUGGCUACACUGCCAUGGUGAUAAAUACGCCUGUGUUAGAGCAACAACCUAUUUUCCUUCUCUUAUUUUUCCUCUCCCGUAUCUUCCCCUAACAUACCGCUACUUUCCUUUCCCCAACUCUCCUUUCAUAUUUUCACUUUCUUCUCCCCACCUCAACCCUCACCCUUUCCUCUCCCUAUAAAGGUUUCGGGGCAGUGCUCUGCGGAGCUCCUCUUUCCAGGGGGAGAGGGGCAGAGUGCUCCCCAGGUCCAGGCCUCCUGUGAGGGACUGCUUCAAAGUAACACCACGGCUCAGGAAGAGGCCUUCUACCAGCAACACAGAGCCAGCAAUAACCUGGUGUCAGGAAACAAUAUACCAGGUAGAUAUAGAGCUAUAAAUACACACACACACACACACAACUCAGUCAGCCAUGGUAUAAUGUCCAAACAUGUCCACUGAAAUCACCAUCUCUUUGUUCAGACUGUGGUCCCUUUUGUGGUCUAACUGACCCCAUCUCUCUUCUGACCGUGAUGUUUCUUUGACAGACAGCUACGGUCACAUGGAGACCAGCAUGAAACCCUUCUGGCAACUGGCGGGCGUGGCCUCCAGUUUUAUCAUGCUGAGGGAGUCCAAUGAGAGCACGCUGUACAACAUGGCCCAGGUGGCCAACUUCACACAGUUGGUGAGCAGUAAAAGAGAGACGUCGAGUGCCUGCCCGACUAGAUGCGCAGGCGUUGCAUCAACCAAUGGUUGCGUGCUACGUCAUCAACUGUGCAGUCGGGCACCAGAUUGCUAUAUCAUAUGUGGUUAGCUGAUAUGUUAAAUACCUAUCCAGGCGUGGUAUGAUCUGGUCUGCGAUGUAGUCGGACAGUAACUUGAGAAGAACCUCAGUGUAACCAUGGAGAUAUGUGCCCAAUUCCAAAUUGACACCUAACUCCCCACCCACACACUUUCAAUCCGUCCUUCUCACACACAUGGUCCCUGGUUCUGUCUGUCCCUCAACAGGAGACUGAGAAUGACCAGCUGAGGUUCAACUACCAUGUCCUGCUGCAUGAAAUGAUUUCCCAGGUAACGAAAACAUUCUGCCAUCUGUCUUAACAUAACUCAGACGUCAUGUUUAUUAUUAUAAAGGUACAUUCUUGUGUGUACGUGCAGGAGAUCAUCCACUGGAAGCUGCUAUUCACCUGGUCCCCAGAACAGGGAGUUAAAGUCCUGCAGACUGAGCUGCAGCCAAAGUGCAACCACUGUGAGGCUCCUCCGAACACCACCAACUGAGAUACACACACAGAGAAAUACUUACACAAGUACUACAGAGAAGAGUAUAGCACAUCUUUCUUAGGACUUGAAUGAAAGGGUAAAGCCAUUUUCUACCUGAUUUUGAAAAGCUGAGCUUUACACAUCACACUUGUCUUAGCUUUAGUAAUUAUGUUUACCUUCACCACUACUGCUUCAGAGGAGAGGAUAGGGCACAUGUCAAUGGCCUUACUGCAGCUAUGCCAAUGCACUGCUUUUACUGUGUCAGCUUGUAAGACUCUUGGUAAGAUAUAACAAUGUGUUUGUAAAAACCUUUUGUUAAUAUACUCUAUUGAUGAUGUGAAGGGGU